CUUGUCUGUCAUUUCUUUUACAGAGAAGUUGUAUGAAUAAUCUGGGGCGUGUCUACACCCACAAUGGAGGAAUCUGGCGAUGAGGAUUCAUUCGUUGUCCUUAACUCUGAGGCAGCAGGAGACCAGAAUGACUGUCAACAGUCUGAUACAGGAGUAUGUUAUGAUAGUAGUGAGCUAGCAUCUCCUCAUGAGGGUGCCUCUGCUGGUGCUGGGAAACAAAACUUCUUCCAAGGUCCUGAAGAAAUGGAGCACGAAAAGACACACUUAAAGAAGUUAUUGGAAGAUCUGAGGUUGGCGUGUGAGAACAGUAAGAAGCUAACAUUCAACAAAAUACUUCAGAUUGAUGAGAAGACCAUCACUGGUGAACCCGCCAUGUGCCAAUCAGACCUUCCAUGGUAUUUUCUAAAGAAACUGUUGAUGGUUAAUGUGUCAGCAAGGAAUGUGAAUUGUACAUCUGCAAGUGAGUCAAACUGUGAUGCUGCAUCUGGGGUUACAGGGUUUGAUUUGCAUGAUGAUGAUGCUAUUUUUGAUGAGGAAAGUUUAAACAUGCUAAACCCCCUUGACUUAAUCACUGCUCUCUUUCUAUGUUCGGAUGGUUUUGUGCAGCAGGAAAUGACUCUCAAGAUGUCUAUGUGUCAAUUCUCUGUGCCUCUGCUGCUUCCUAAUAGUGACACACAGCAGUGUACACUUAUGCUGUGGGCCAUGAGAGACAUUGUUAAGAGGUACAGACCUCAAUCUCUCUUAGACUCCAAGGGCUUCAUUGAAGAGAGAAUUGUUCUUUCUGAACUUCCCAUGGUUUCUUUUGUGAGACUGGGUGAGUGCACCUUGUCUAAGUCUGAGAUCCUCAACAAGCUUCUGAGCAAUUCUCACCAAUACCAUGACACCUUUGUUCACCACAACAUGGAGGGUGGAGACAUUCCAAGAAGAAUAUCCAAUGGACUGACUGAAAUUACUUGGUAUCUUCCUGGUGGAAACAAGAACAUGGACAUUUUCAGUGAGCCUGUGGCUGUUGCUAACCUUCGUGGGGACAUUGCUUCAUUUGAAACCCAAUAUUCAUUUCUGUGUCACACAUCUGCAGCAGUUUUUGUCUUCUUUGACAAUUUAGACUCUGAAUGGAAGCUGCUGACCCACCGAACUGGGAAGGCACAGAUCUUCUUGGUGGGUAAUCGCAAUGGGAAAAACUUCAGCUUAGAGGCUCUAAAAAAGGUAGCAGCCCAGUUGGGCUUGACUAAUAAUAACAUCAUUAUUAAGACAAAACAGAAAAAUGAUGCAAACUUUGUCAAAGGUUUUAGGAAGGCGGUCAGUGAUGUAGUUGAGAAAUCAGAAGCGAAGAUGCGCCUAGAGCAGAUGGCUGACAUUGCCCAUGAACUUGGGAUAUUGGUUGAUGAAGAUGUUCCAGACUGCAUGAAUGGAAAGAAAACUGCAGAUGCCAUCACUGAAGAAAUCCAAGACAUUCUGAAAUACAAAGAAGAACAGCUUCCCUUGCAAGGUGAUAUAUGGAAGGAGCUGACUCGCUUAGAGAAAGAAGAAUUCCGGCUUCGAAAUGUUGGAUCUAAAAACAUAGAGGAGUAUAAAAGUGAUCUUCAUGUGAAGAAAAGAGAACUGCAUCAAAAACAGUACUCUUAUGACAUGUCCACUGCUAUGACAUGCUUCAUCAAUGGAAUAUCAAGUCCUGGGAUAGAGAGACGUUACUUUCUGAAAUGGAUGCGAAUGAACCUUGAUAAUGUAUCUCGUGAAAAACUGUCCGGACUCAGGGAGCGGUACAAAGAAAAAUGCAAUAAUCCUGACAACAAAGAGGAGAUCAAGAAAAUAGACAAACAGCUUUCUAACAGCUCACUGGGGACUGAACACUUCUUUCGUGAAAUGGGUCAGAUCUACGAGGCUUCACUUUCUCUUCCAGAGACAGACCCAUCACGUCAACAAUUACAGCAUUUACCCAAACUCUGUGCUGAACUGCUGCUUGAUGGAUUUCCCCUUGAGCUGGUAGAUGGAGAUGCAUCCAACAUACCUCUCAGAUGGGUGAGUGCUGUUCUCUCACAGCUCAAUGUCUUGGUUUCUUCAAAGAACAAGAUACGAGUUGUCACCGUUCUUGGAGUUCAGAGCACAGGAAAGUCCACUCUCCUUAAUACCAUGUUUGGAGUGCAGUUUGCUGUCAGCAGUGGUCGAUGCACUCGAGGUGCCUUCAUAUUGCUCAUCAGAAUCAAUGAAGAUGCUAAGAAACUUCUCAAAUGUGACUUCAUGGUGAUCAUUGACACUGAGGGCUUAAAGUCCCCAGAGCUGGCACAGCUGGACAACAGCUAUGAGCAUGACAAUGAGCUUGCAACACUUGUUGUAGGGCUGAGUGAUGUCACCAUUAUUAAUAUUGCAAUGGCAAAUUUGACAGAAAUGAAGGAUAUCCUCCAAAUAGUUGUGCAUGCUUUUCUCAGGAUGAAGGAGGUGGGUAAAAAGCCUAAAUGUCAGUUUGUUUACCAGAACGUGUCGGAUGUUUCCGCCCAUGAGAAGAACUUACGAGACAGGAAACUGCUCUUGCAACAGCUGAAUGAGAUGACCCAGGCAGCAGCAAAAAUGGAACGGAAAGAGGAGAACAAGAGCUUCACUGAUGUGAUGGAGUACUGUCCAGACACGGGGAACUGGUACAUACCUGGACUCUGGAAUGGAAACCCACCAAUGGCACCAGUCAAUGCAGGAUACAGUGAGGCUGUAUAUGAGCUCAAGAAGAACAUCAUGAAGCUACUGGGAGAUUGUCAGUCGUCUACCAAUAACAUUGAUGAGUUUGAAAAGUGGGUGAAGAGCUUGUGGAACGCAGUGAAGCAUGAAAACUUCAUCUUCAGUUUCAGAAACAGCCUGGUCGCUGACGCAUACAUGAAACUCUGCACAGAAUACAACAAAUGGGAAUGGGAAUGCAAAAAGGAAAUGUACACCUGGGUGACAAAUGCAGAAACGAGAAUUUCCAAUUUCGGUACAGUUGCAGAUAACUCUCAAAUAUGUGACAUGAGAGUUUUUCUCACUAGUUUGAAAACUGAAGCGUCCACAGAGCUGUCUACAUGGGAGAAAAAGCUUCAAGACAAUCUGUCAGAGUACUUUAAGCAAACAGAAGGUCACGUCUAUCUGGUUGAAGGAUACAAAGAGGAGUUUUCAAACAGUAUAAAGAGCCUUCGACGUGAAAUGGAGAGAUCUGUAGUUGAUCAGCUGACAGCAGCAGCUGACAUCAAAACUGGAAUGACAGAACUCGACAGGAUCAAGAAGAAUCAUACGAAAGAAAUUGAAAAAGCAGUUCAUGCUUUAAUUAAUGAAUGUCGAAAGAAAAAAGUCCAGAUGACAGACACAGAGCUGGACAAAAGAUUCGAUGAAAUGUGGAAAGAAACACUGGAGAAACUGACUUUUACUGAACAAAAGGCAACAGAUGUCUUCACCAGAGUAGAGUACUACCUCAGAUCAAAUCUGUCACAUAGGGGAGGUCACGCAAGUGAACUGUUAAGUCAGAAAAACCUGAGAGAGUGUGGACUGGAGCCUUUUAAAUAUACAGCUGAGGGAUUCUUCAACCAAUUGAAACACAAAGUGAGCAAGUGGCUCCAGAUUGAAGAUCACAUAAAGGUAGUACAGAGAAUGACUGACAAGAUCAUAGAUGCUUGCACUCUGUCUGUGGAUGAAAAACUGAAAAGAAAGACCAAGUGCCACGAUACUUACAUCCAGGAGAUCCUACACAUCAUUGAUGAGCGUCUGAAAAACAAUCCAGAUGUUAAGAUAGACAUGGAGUUUGAAGUUUCUCUAAAACAGCACAUCUGUGGAUCUGCAGCCAGAAACUUUCAGAAGAUGGAAGAAGAUUUCAUACAAGUAAAUGACCCCUAUAGAUGCCUAAUGAAAAACAAGGAGAAGUUUUGUGCUGAUUUCAAAGAUGUGUUCCAUGAACGAGACCAGUGUCAGAAGAAGGCACAAGAAUUCACUGACCAAUGCUUAAAGCCUGCAGUUGAAGCCUUUGUCAAUCGUUCUCUGGGUCCCAAUAUCAUUGAUGAAAUGCUGAAACAAGAGCAGUUCAGCACAAGGAUGUCUUUCCAGUAUUCACUUUUACUGGAUUUGCUUUCAAAGGACAGAGUUGAAGACUAUUUGAGAUACAACUGUUCUUAUGAGAGUUUCAUAAAGGAAAGAAUACUUGAACAGAUAGAAGAGCGUUUUUCAAGCUUCUCUGCAACACUUGAGUUUGAGGAGCGACAUCUUCAGUCAAGUAUCAGCAGCAUAAAUGACGCCAUCGAAAAGGCCAAAACAGGAGAGAGUGGUGACAUGAAGACAUUUGUUGAAAGAAUCUGCAAAGAACUUGGAGAUAAACUGGUCAUUUCCCAGGAUGCUCUUGGUGCUUUCAUGAUACUGAACAAUGCCAAUCGGGAACAGUUUGCUGACUGUCUCACAGUGUCUGUGAGGGACAUGGAAGAAGCUCUUAGAGAGAAGUUUAAAGAAUCAAAUAUCAAAACGAAACUACAAGAUCUCCAUGUGCAGCCCCAGAAUGAGCUCUUCACCAGAGUGAUUGGAUGUGGCAAACAGUGUCCAUUGUGUGGAGCUCCUUGUGAGGCAGGAGGAAGAGACCAUGAGAAGCAUUUUACUUCACUGCACCGACCACAGGGUCUGGGAAAAAACAAUUGGGACCAUUCAGAUAAACUUGUCACUGACAUAUGCACAUCUUUGGUGACCAGUGAAACUCGUUUUCGCUGUAGUGCUACAGACAAUAAAUGGCACCCUUACAAGCGUUUCCAUGAAAUCUUCCCAGGCUGGGAUAUUCGUCCAGAUGUGAGCUUUGAGGCAUCAGACUACUGGAAAUAUGUGAUGACAAAGUACAACAAUUACUUUGCUUGUGCCUAUGGUUCAGACCCUGCUGAUAUUCCAUCCACCUGGAAUAAUAUCACACCAGAGAAGGCAAAACAAAGUCUCAAAGAGUCAUUUAGCAUCGAGUGAUUCUAACCAGUGAACAUUUGUCCUCAUGUUUUUCUAUAUAAUAUAAAGGAACCUCCCAAAUAACUUCACUAUAGAUAAGGUUCAAGUCAGUUCACCCAGAUAAUUAACCACCAUGACUUUCAAUAGAGAAAUACCAGAGAUUUACUGAAGUUUGUUUUCAUUACCUGAGUUUGCAUUUCAGGAAAAGUUUCUUCAAGUGAUUUAAUGAUUCAUGUCAUUAUUCAAACAUGUAUGUAGCUGAUCAGAGCUGUUUCUUCUUCUCGUAAAACAAAUAUCAUAUGGAACUUUUUGUAUUUUAUCUUGUGCCGUAUCUGAUGUUAAAUAUUUGCACUUACCUUGGUCUGGAUAAUACCACGUGAGGAGAUUGUUGACAAGGAAUUUAAGUUAGUGUUCAUCAAACAGGAGUUACAUUAGAUAAGUUAAUGUAUGUACUAAAAUCAUUGAGGAGAAAUCUGUGAGGAAAAUAUUCUCACUGACAAAGGAAAACAGAAUGUGAUAGAUCUACUUACAAAAAAAACUAAAUAUGAUUGUGUGAAGCAUUUGCAUCUGAGAAAAUCAGUGUUUCAUUAGAACUACAAUCAGCUAUGUGUGAUCACAUAUACCGUUAUAUGCAGUACGCUGCGAUGCUUUUGUUGUUCAUAAAAACAUCAUGGAAAUCUCUUCACCUCAUUUAUCAAACAGCUAACAUUUUUCUGCACCUCAAGUCAGGUGUUGUUUUUUUUGUUUUUUGUUUUUUGGAGUGUGUAUCAUUGUUUUUGUGCAUGUUUGACAUUAUGGAGCAUUAGUCAUGUGCUUGAAUGCACCAUCAACAUGACACAGGGUUUUUAAAACCUCAGUGAUGUGCAUGUAGUCUUAGUUUGUCUGGUAGCAGUGAUAUCUAGAGCCAGUGUGUGAACAACGAGGCUCAGUGUGUCUCCACUAUUUAACAAACUUGAUCAGAGUGUGACAGUGAACUGAACCUCUUCUCUUUAGAGUUAAUGCUAAUCACUGUACACUGUAUAUUACAUGAGCUGCCUGUGUAAUUGUGUUCCUAAUAAAAUGCUUAGUGAGUGUAAA